UGGGUAGUUCCGGUUGAAAAUCAAAACAGAUAGAACGAAGAGAAGAAAAUCAAUAAUUUAACAAAUAAUAAGUUUAAAGCGAUAAUUCUGCUAUCUCACAACGUUAAAAGCUGUCAACCAAUGAAAACAACUACAACCAUAUAUCUGUCUCCUGACGUCAAUGAAUGAUGGACAACAAUGAAAACCUCCCCCCAAACAAGACUUUAAGGAAACGAGCUUCAUCUGGAGGAAAACGAUAUUGUGCAUUGUGCCAUCAAUCAGAUCCUUGAUGAUGACUUUCGUGUGACCCUUCAUCGCAUUCCUGGCGGCCAAUCAAAGCAUGAAGUAUCUAGAAGAAAGGCCUGGUUAAGAGGUAUCAAGCUUCAUCGGCCAAAUCUCAAUGUAAAUGACAAUACCAGAAUAUGUUCUCUUCACUUCGAAAAUCGACAGUGUGUACGCAGUGAAUCUGUACCUAAAUAUUACAAUCUAGGAAAAACUAAAGUAAACAUUGACAGCAGAUUAAGGCGUCCACUAUUCAAGCGUGUGAAUACAGACGCUAAUCUUGAUAACAUGGAACAUGUUAAUGAAACAGAAUUUGCAGAGCCAGAAAGGGAGAUUUUCUUUGCAAGGAAAAUUGAAAAUUACUGCCUUCCAGAAACUUUUGAAGACAGUUUAGAAAACUGUGCAACUAUUGAGGUUGAGGACACCAAAUUGUGUUACAGAGAAGAAGCCAUUCAGAUAAAUGCUUGUGAGCAUGGCUAUAGUAAGAACAGAGAAUUUGCAACAACAGAGGAAUCAUCAACACAGACAGACACCUCUCAGACCAGUGGUGGCUAUAAGCCAGAAGACAUUAUAGCAGGCAAUGACGGUAAUACUCGGUUUUACACAGGUUUUCCCACAUAUGCAGUGUUUAUGCUUUUCUUUCAAACUUUCAUAAAACAUGGUGCUGAUCGAUUAACUUACUGGGAAGGUCAGAAACGAACACUACAAGAUAAAAGCCAAAAAGAGCUACCAUCAAAACCAGGCAGGAAACGAAAACUUCGACCAAUAGAUGAAUUCUUCAUGGUCUGUGUGAGACUAAGACUCGGACUUCUGCAGCAACAUUUGGCCGAUUUGUUUUGUGUGUCAACUAUGACAGUUUCAAGAGUCAUGAGUACAUGGAUAAACUUUAUGUAUGACCACAUGAAAGGUCUCAUUCCAUGGCCAACAAAGGAACAAAUUCUGACCAAUCUACCAAAGUGCUUUCAGGAAAUUUCAGAUUCUAGGAUUGUAAUAGAUGCCAUUGAGUUUUUUUGUGAAAAACCUAGUUCUCUGAAAUCCCAGAAUGUGACAUGGAGUGAAUACAAGCACCAUAAUACAUUCAAGGUUCUAGUGGGUGUGGCACCAAAUGGCCUGGUAACAUUUAUCUCAACAGUGUGGGGUGGUCACACAUCAGAUAGGCAUAUAACACAAGAGGAUGGACACAUCGAGGGCUCAACGCAAUACUGUCGUAACUCCAUUUUUCAAAAUUGUUCAGGAGAAGGAAAAAACUUUCUUAAUUUAUAUGUGUUGGAUAUAUUUAAAGUAUUUGAACAUAACAAUUUUGUACUGUAUGAUAGUUUUAAACCAAAAGAUAUAUUAUCUUCAACCAUUGAACACAAAAGAUGAAUUUGAUGAAAAUUUGACUUACUACAGUUUUCCACCUCAAAAGUCAGAUUUCAUCAAAGUAUAUAUUUAUGCAACAGUGUCGUAACUUGACUUACGACAGUUUUCCACCUGAUAUUAUUUCAA